AUGUUUUCUCAAUCCAAAACGAGACUCUACGUCAAGCACGAUGGUCGUGUCUUUGAAUCCAUAUUGCAAGAUCCAAAUGAUCAUUUCACGAAACUAGUUUGUGAAGGAACUACGGCUAUUGGUGCAACAGCUCAAGGUCAUGUCUACAUUUGUUCAAAAACUACAAAACCCGAACUCAUUGAAUCUUGCCAAGAGUUUAAGGAGGAUACAACUAAAAUCAAAUUUUUACUUGCUGGAUUUUAUCAUUUCAUCGUGAUUAAGGAGAGUAAUCGAGUUUAUGCGGCUGGAGAUCAAAAUUAUGUCGGUGGGAUUAUUGAAGCGGAGGAGGGCGACAGGAAUUAUUUGAGACGAGUCAAUACAGCCAUGAUCAAAGGAACCAUCACACAUGCAGCGUGUGGUACCUAUUCCACCGUAGUGGUUGCUGAUGAAACCAAGGUAUAUGUAAAUGGAAAACUUGGAAAGAACACAAACCAAUUUGAAAGGUUACAAUUCAACAAACAAGUUUCGAGAAUCUCUGCUGGUUAUGAUCACAUGAUCAUUAUGUGUAAGGAUGGCACUGUCUAUGGCCUUGGAACGAAUGGUUAUAAACAACUCUUGGAUAUUGACCACCAAGUGCAUGACUCGCUAGUUCAAUUGAUACCACCAUUUACCCAUGUUUUAGAUUGUACAGCUAUUCGUUUGAGUCAUAUCACGUGUUGGGUUACUCCAACAGUUGUUCACGUUUAUGGAUAUUUUGGUGAUCUUGGUAGGCAAAUGUUAAAUUUUGGGGCAAUUACUCAAAACGGCAGUCAUCAUGUCACAAUUGAUCGUGAAAAACUUGGAAAUGAUUUUAAUAUUUCAGGAGCAUAUACAUCAUUGACAUUUUUUGAUAAGAAACACCGUAAAUUAAUUGGUGGAGGUGGUUCUUCAAACUUGAAAGAAUUUUCAAAAUUAGAUUUAAUAGAUGAAAUGUUUGCCAAAGCGUUAGACAAACAAAGUCUUUAUGAUAACUUAGAUGAUACGUUACUGGAUGUUUCUAUUGGAUCAGAUAUAGUGGCCUUGUUAAUUGGUUAUGAUUUUGACAAAGUUGGAAGCUUCACCAAAAAAAAUUUGCUGAAAAUGUGCCACAGAUGCACAGGUUCGAAUGACGAUUCGAAUAGUAUUGUUCCAUUCAGUGACGUUUAUUUGAAUUUUUAA